UGAAGUUCAAGGUCUUGAUUUCUACUACCAUGGUUGAGUGGAAUCAUACAGAAUCAGCAGGACUUGCCCUUUCGGGGGGAUCAGAUGAUAGAUAUUUUUUGUGGAUGCGUCGUCAUAGUGAUGACACGGCGAUCACAAAUUUAUUUCCACAUGAUAUGGGACAUUUGAUAAGAGAUCAUUGGCGACAGUUUCAAGCUCCGAGCUCGGAAUGGUACUUCGCUAUAGGGGUUAUUAUGUUGAUAUUAGAGUUAAUUGGUCUCACUGGAAAUUUCUCAGUAAUUUACAUAUUUUUGACCACGAAAUAUUUACGGCGUCCAUCAAACAUGUUUAUUGUCAACUUGGCGUUUUCAGACUUUAUGAUGAUGUUUACAAUCAUGCCAAUGAUGGUUGUAUCUUGUUUUAAACAAAAAUGGAUUUUUGGGCCACUAAUGUGUGAAAUAUAUGGAGCGUGUGGAUCUGGAUUUGGAUCGGUUUCUAUUAUAAGCAUGGUUGCCAUUGCAAUGAACCGUUAUCGUGUCGUUGUGAAGGGACUGUCGAGCGAGAAACUUACUUAUAAACAAGCGAUCCUGUGGAUUUGCCUAAUAUGGAUCUACGUCGGUCUAUGGACUUCAGCUCCUUUCUUCGGUUGGAGUUCUUAUAUUCUAGAAGGUAAUUUUAUCAACUGCUCUUUGGACUCAGUGAGCCAUAACUGGAACUCUCGAUCUUAUGUUAUUGGUUACAGCAUUGGAGUGUAUUUCUUACCCUUGUUUUUCCUUACAUAUACCUACUAUUAUGUUGCCAAAACUGUUAUACAGCAAGAAUCUGCCUUACGAAAAUACAGUCGUUGUAUGAGUGUCGACCAGUUAAAGCCGAGACAAUCUAAAAUAACAGUGGAAGCCAAAUUAUCUAUGGUAGCUCUGAUAACAGUCGUUAUGUGGUUUGUUGCCUGGACACCGUAUAUCAUUUUUAUCUUUCUAGGAUCUUUUACCAGUGGAAAGUUCUUCACACCAUUAUUAAGCUUAUUGGGAGCUGUUCUUGCUAAAUGUGCUUCCUUCUGCGAUCCUAUUGUAUAUGGAGUCAGUCACCCUAAGUAUCGAGAAGCACUUAGAGAAAGAAUGCUUAAAUUCUACAAGUUUUUUUCCUGUGGUAAAUGCAGGCCUACAAAGGAAAACGAAGACCACAAAAACCAGCACGAGUUAACAACAAUUGAGAAAAACAAUUCGACGACAGAAGCUGAUCACUAA